UCACCAGUAUUUGUCCCUCCGCCCGUACGUUUUGGUGAUUCUAAAUUUCUUAUUUUUCUCCAACACCACAAACGACAAAACGGCGUACUGGGUGUGAACGCUCAAACAAUAACGAACAUACUUAUUUACUUUUCUUUUGUUCAUUAGUUAUGAUUUACGAGGGCAUUAAAAAUCAACUGUACAAGUGAAAAUACGAGUUUCAACGGUUGGACAGAGCACACCAGGAAAGAAGAGAAAACAAAAGUAAGAGGAAAAAGAACAUCAAAAAGUGCCUCGUGAAUAGUGUGAAAGGGCAUUGAUCACUUAUUAAUUUUUUUUUUAACUAAAACCGUGUCGCUGUUAUAAAUAUCCAUUGUUCAAACUGAGGAUUUUAAUAAUUGACGUGAUAUCGAUAAAACAAAGCCAAGUUUUUUACAGUGAAUUAUGUGGAAUACUGAAGCGAGAUUACGAACGGCCACACGUCUAGUCAGCUGACAUAUUGCGCCCUGCUACACCACAGCAGCCUUCGAUAAACCCGUGGUGACAGCCAGUCGUGGUGGUAGGAUUGGCAGAAGGGCCAGGACAAGCCUUAACAAACUACCGUGAAUCGAGUUGACUGCGACUUGCCACUGUUUUUUUUUCCUCUGGAGACAGUGUUUUAUCUAGAAUAUUUCGCAUAAACAAGCGAAGAAUAUAAAGUUGAAGCUUUUUAAAGGAUUAAAAAGACUCGAUUAGCAAGAUAUUAAGGGUAGAAGGGACAGAAUAAAUAUGGAGCGCGAGUCAAACCCUAUGCAAGCCCUGUGCCGCAGUGGCUGUGGAUUCUAUGGCUCACCGGCCACCGAUGGCCUCUGCUCUCUCUGUUACAAGGAGAAUCUUAAGAAGAAACAACAACCCCCUGUAUCGGCUGCUACUGUAUCAGCCUCACAGACCGUCUCUGGUAACGCUGGUACGUUGCAAAGCGGUUUCAGCAGUCCAGCAUCAACGGGUACUGCUCAGCCUACCAUUCCCACCAUACCACAACCAACGACAGAUCUACCGAGUCCCAAAGAGGUAAACAGGGACGAUCAGGAUGGCGAAGUUGGGGCGAGUGGGGCGGCCGAGGGCUCGGUCAGCAGUGGGGAUACCGAUGAUUGCUUUGAUGGCAAAGAGACUGACAAAGAUCCAAAAAAGAAGAAAAAUCGUUGUGCACUUUGUCGCAAGAAAGUAGGCUUAACUGGAUUUGAGUGCCGUUGUGGUGGACUCUUCUGCUCUGUGCAUCGAUACAGUGACAAGCACGACUGCAAGUUUGAUUACAGAGAAAUGGGCGCUCAAGAGAUACGGCGCAAUAAUCCAGUUGUUGUUGGUGAAAAAGUGCAAAAAAUUUGAACUAUUUUAGUGUGUAGUCGUUGGGAAAAAAAUGGUUAUAUAACUAUAUAAACAAAAACAAAAAAAUAUUACGAAAAAAAUGGCAAAAAAAAAAUUACAAAAAACAUAUGAAAAAAAAACACGGAAAAAACACCGGAGAUAGGAGAAAACAAGUAACAAUAACGAGAUAAAUUGUCUGGCAGCUGAUUGCACAUCGAGGAAUGAAGAAUGCAAGAGAACUUAGUAAAAGUAUGUGAAUAAUUGAGACUACGAGUGGAUGUAUAGGUAUGUCUGCUGAUGAAUGUGAGAGCAAUAUGUCGAGUAACAAAAUGGGUAAUGCAAAUGCGUGAAAAUUCUUUUUGACAUACCAGCGAGAGUAAUAAAAAUCAGAAUUCAAACAUUAAAAUGAUUGGUAAAACAUUGUAAAAAAUUAAAGUGUGCGAGUGUGAUGAUCAAACACGAGUGUCAGUGCCAUGUCAGAUUGUCAUCCUAGUGAGAGUUUCAACAGCCAAGAUGAGAGAAAAAAAAAACAAAAUAUGCAAAAAAAUUAAUAUCUGGUUACUAACUGCUGUCAGCAUACUACUAUUACCUACUAUUAUCACUAUGAUAUUACGGUUUAUUAUUCUUAUUAUAUUACGUUUAUUAAUUUACUUAAAUCUGCAAAAUUCGCUGGAUAAAAACCGAUAAAAAAACCGAACUAUU